CGUGCUGUUAAUUUGGAAAAAUCCAUUGCAGAAGAAUUUGUAGAACUGCACCAGUUUCUCCAGGACAAGGAACAAAAACUCAUUCAACAACUUAACAGCAAAGAAUCAGAAAUUCUGAGAGAGAUAAAAGAAAAUCUUGAAUGCGUUAAAACUGGCAGUACAGAAAUCCACUCAGCAGUAUCUGAUAUUAACUUGGAAAUCAAAACAGAAGUAGAGGUUCUGGAAGAGAGAAAUGAUGACACAGGCUAUCUGACAACCACUGAGGAGUCAGUGUCAGGUGACACAUCAGAACAUGGAAAACACAAAGCUAAUGGAGUUAUAUCAGAACGUGCUUUUAAUUUGGAAAAAUAUAUUGCAGAAGAGUUUGUAAAACUGCACCAGUUUCUCCAUGACGAGGAGCAAAAACUCAUUCAACAACUUAACAGCAAAGUAGAAAUUCUGAAAGAAAAUCUUGAAUGCAUUAAAACUGGUGUUACGGAAAUCCAUUCAACAGUGUCUGAUACUAACUUGCAAAUCAAAACAGAAGUAGAGGUUCUGGAAGUUCUGGAAGAGAGAAAUGAUGGCACAGAUUGUCUGACAACCACUGAGGAGUCUGUGUCGGGUGAUACAUCAGAACAUAGAACUCCGUUAGCUUUGUGCUUUCCGUCAGCUCCAGAAUCCUUUGAGGAUGUUGCUGUUGCUUUUUCAGCAGAGGAGAUGAAGAUGUUAAAACAAGACCAGGACCUUCAUAAGGAAGUAAUGUUAGACAACUGUGAAACCUUAGUUUCAGCAGGUAAUGGGAACAGAGAAUGGAGCAUUUGCUGGAGUCAGCAGCCAUCACUUGGAGUAUCUCUAUUAAGUUAUCCUACAGAGAACCUGCAGCACUUUGUUCAAACUGUGAAGGCCUCCAACAAGCAUCCUGUUAAACCUGUAGCACAGCUUCAUCCAGGUUAUACCUGCAACAUGAACUCUGAAUGUGACCGAAGUUCUAUAGUACAGCAAAGUCCAUUAGUACAUCAGGGAGCUCACAAAGAAGAGAAGCCACAUAAAUGUCCUGAAUGCAAUAAGUGUUACACAACAAAAUGUUAUCUAGUAAAACAUGAAAGGAUUCACACUGGGGAGAGGCCAUAUAAAUGUCCGGAAUGCAAAAAGUGUUUCACAGAAAAGAGUUCCCUAGCAAAACAUGAAAGGACUCACACGGGGGAGAGACCAUAUAAAUGUCCAGAGUGCAAUAAGUGUUUCAUAGACAAGUAUGAGCUAGCAAGACAUGAAAGGACUCACACUGGGGAGAGACCAUAUAAAUGCACUGAAUGCAGCAGGUGUUUCAUACGAAAGAGUCAUCUAGUAAAACAUGAAAUGAUUCACACUGGGGCGAGACCAUAUAAAUGCCCUGAAUGCAGCAAGUGUUUCAGAGCAAAAUGUGAUCUAGCAAUACAUGAAAGGAUUCACACUGGGGAGAGACCAUAUAAAUGUCCGAAAUGCAAUAAGUGUUUCACAGGAAAGAGUUCUCUAGUAACACAUGAAAGGACUCACACUGGGUUGAGGCCAUAUAAAUGUCCUAAAUGCAGCAAGUGUUUCAUAAAAAAUAGUGAUCUGGUAAACCAUGAAAAGAUUCACAGUGGGGAGAGACCAUAUAAAUGCCCUAAAUGCAGCAAGUGUUUCAGAAAAAAAUGGAAUCUAUUAAAACAUGAAAGUAUUCACACUGGGGAGAGACCGUAUAAAUGUCUGGAAUGUAAUAAGUGUUUCACAGAAAAGAGUUCUCUAGUAAAACAUGAAAGGACUCACACAGGGGAGAGGCCAUAUAAAUGUUCAGAAUGCAAUAAGUGUUUCACAGAAAAGGGUUCUCUAGUAAAACAUGAAAGGACUCAUACGGGGGAGAAACCAUAUAAAUGUCCAGAAUGCAAUAAGUGUUUCACAGAAAAGGGUUCUGUAGUAAAACAUAAAAGGACUCACACAGGGGAGAAACCAUAUAAAUGUCCAGAAUGCAAUAAGUGUUUCAGACAAAAGGGUGCUCUAAUAAAACAUGAAAGGACUCACGGGGAGAGACCAUAUAAAUGUCCUAAGUGCCGCAAGUGUUUCACACAAAAGGGUAGUCUAGUACAACAUGAAAAGGUAUCCCACAUUCAUGGAUAAGAGUGCUUAAAAAUGUAUAAGGUACACACCAUACUGAUCGACUACA